CUUGUCACCGGGACAGUCAGAUGUAAACAAAGAGUAGUCUUUCUUCCAACCUUUUCCUCUUUAUGGUCGUAAUUCAUUCCAAGUGACAAGAUGACAGAUGUCAGCGGAGAGAUUCUGGCUUCAGUUAUAAAGUGUGUCAAUUUUGCUGCUAUAAAACACAAAGAUCAGAGACGAAAAGAUCCCGAAAAAACUCCUUACAUAAAUCAUCCCAUUGGUGUGGCCUAUUUAUUAGUGGAAGGAGGUGUAAAAGAUGUAGAUGUCAUACAAGCAGCAUUACUCCAUGACACAGUGGAGGAUACAGAUACAACAAAUGAAGAACUUGUCCAAGAAUUUGGUCCAGAAGUAGCUGGUAUUGUGGCAGAAGUAACAGAUGACAAAAAUCUUGAUAAACAAGAAAGAAAGAGACUGCAGAUAGUACAUGCUGCUGUAGCUUCACCCAAAGCUAAACUAGUCAAACUUGCAGACAAGUUGUACAAUUUACGUGACUUGGAUCGUACAACUCCCUCAGGCUGGACCCAAGAGAGAGUGCAAGAGUACUUCCAUUGGGCCUCACAAGUUGUUGCAGGCUGUAGAGGAAACAAUUCUUUCCUUGAGGGUGAACUGGACAAGUUAUUUAUAAAGUGGAAUGUCAAUGUAUAAUUAGAAGUGGGGAUUUAACAUUUGUUUUUGAAAUCCUUUGUACUUAUAUAUUUUUUACAUGUUGAGAAAUGGAUUGAAUAUUUACAAAUUGCGUGAUCAUGUACAACAUGAAGAGGCAGUAAUGUGUUUAAUACUGCUGAGUCUACAUUAUGAUUGUUAUUUACUGAGUUAUUUACUGUUGUUCUCAUCUGGUUCAGAAAUAAAAUAUAUGUUAAUAGCCAAGUAAUACAGUACAAAACCUUUUAUUCUUCUCCAUUGUUUACAUGAAAAAUAAAGAUAAUGUUUCAA